AUGGAUUACAAUGUUGUCAAUGACGGAUCGGGCGACCAAACACCCAAGCUGCAGAAGGCCAUUGAUGACGAUGGAAAUGGCGGUACUCGCAAGGGAAGUGGUGUCACUCGCCAUCCAGCUGAGGUCUUCCUCCCCGGCGGUAUUUACCAACUGGGUAGUACGCUCACCCUCACGGUUGGAACAAUUAUUGUUGGUGACCCAAGAAACCCUCCUAUCAUCAGGGCUUCACCAUAUUUCCAAGGCGAGUUCCUCAUUAUGGGCUACGACAAGAACAACGGCAACCCAGAGACUAGCUUCAUGAUGUUGAUGAAGAACGUCAUUUUGGAUACAGCCACUGUGCCAACAACUCAAUCAAUCACCGCUUUACAAUGGGGUGUGGCCCAGGGGGCUGGAUUAACCAACAUACAAAUUCGUAUGCCCACUGGUUCCAGUCUGCACACGGGUAUUAACAUCGUUGCUGGCUCGACAAUUGCUGUUACCGACGUGACUAUCAUCGGCGGGGCAACUGGCAUAAUCAACUCGAACCAGCAAGUCAACUUCAAAAACGUCCAUUUUAUUUCGUGCGGCACUGCUUUCGAAGCAGCGGGUGGAUUUACCGUACUGUUGCAAAGCGCUUUCUUUGAAUCUUGCGGCACAGGUAUCAAUAUGACAUCCAACGCUCUUGGCAGCUUGGUUAUUUUGGAUUCCGUGUCCACUAAUUCCGGUCCCUUCAUUCGUUUCUAUGAUUCCUCACACGAUACCGGCAACCAAAACAGCCAGCUCCUUAUUCAAAACCUGGAAUACAACUCGAAGAGCCCCAUUGCCGUUGAUACCAAUGGUCACGUCCGCUUGGAGGCAACGGCGCAUGUCGACACCUGGGUCUGGGGCACUAUGGUACCGGGUGCAUAUGUAGCCGGCGCUGAGUGGACUACUCAGCGAUCUCCGCAGCUGCUUGUGAACGGGAGGUACUUUACAAAGCCUCAACCGACAUACGCUAGAUUCAGCGGCGACGAUAUUGUCAACGUGAAGACGGCCCCCGGACAGACUGCCAAGGGGGAUGGCGUCACGGAUGAUACCGCUGCCUUGAACGCAAUUCUCGCUAGAAACGCUGCGAACUGCAAGAUCACCUAUAUUCCCUUCGGAGUCUAUCGAGUAUCAGACACGAUUCACAUUCCAGUUGGAUCUCGUAUCGUCGGCGAGGCGUGGCCUGUCAUCUCCGCCUAUGGUGAUACUUUCAAAGACCCCGCCAGCCCCAGAGCAGUCGUCCGCCUUGGCAACCCUGGAGACGUUGGUUUAAUUGAAAUCCAGGACAUGCGGUUCUCGGUGGGGGAGAUCCUGCCCGGAGCGAAGGUUGUUGAGAUUAACGCCGCCGGGCAGCAGCCCGGUGAUGUUGGACUCUGGAAUAGCUUGGUCAUGAUUGGAGGCACUGCCGAAACAAGCAUAUCCGACGUGUGCACUUCACAAGACCCCAAGGACUGCAUGGCUGCCUUCAUGGUGAUGCACCUGACCGAGACUUCGUCUGCAUACAUCGAGAACUUCUGGGGAUGGACCGCAGACCACAACCUGGACAGCAAGUCGCUUCUAACCAUCGUUUCCACUGGACGUGGUAUUCUUGUCGAGUCUACAAAGGGCACUUGGCUCACCGGCACUGGGUCCGAGCACCACUGGCUAUACAACUAUAACUUCCACCGAGCUGCGAACGUCUACGCUGGCCUCCUGCAAAGCGAGUCACCCUACAUGCAGGGAUCAGGCGAGUUUGAGAAAGCACCGGCGCCCUGGACCGCGGACGCACAACUCGGUGACCCAGACUUCUCCUGGUGCGGAGCAGAUGAUGAUAAGUGCCGAACUGCGCUAGCGACUAACGUAGAUGGGGGAUCAAACAUCGCGUUGUACAACUCCGCCGCGUGGGCUUUCUUUGACGGCUACUGGAACGGUCUAUAUAAUGAGCCGUGUCAAGGCAAGUGUCAGGCUAAUAUGAUGCGGGUAACGGGUGCGCCGCAGAAUCUUGUUUGGUACUCGAUCGGCACGCGCCAGACGGAUGUGAUGGUAUUGGAUGGAAAGAGUAAUCCCCGGGAGACUGAUCACGCUGGUGGAUGGGAGGCUAUCAUUCAGGCUUAUGGUGAAUUUGCUGCUUAA